AUGCAGCCACCGCUGCUAAUCAGCGUUUGGCUCAUACAGGGAGUGCUGGGAAUAGUGGAAUUGUUCACGACACCUGAACUGAGGUACACAUUUGGAGUGGACAAGCAUAGUGAUGUUCCUCCUCACCUCGAAAUCGAUCCGAAAUUAUCUUAUAAUGAAGACGGCUCUUUGAGCGCUAUAGAAUUUCAGGCGAACGACAAAACGUACCAGUUUGAAUUACAACCGACACUAGGACGGUUACUAGGCGAACAGUUUACUGUUAUUCAUCGAAACUACAAACGGGGAGAGAACGGAGUUCAUGUCGUAUUCAAACGAGAAAUCGCUUCUAAAGGUGCAGAUUUCUGCGGCCUGGAUAACAUUGUCACAGAAGAUCAGCUAGUGGAAUAUGAUUCUGCAAUUUUUGAAGACGUUUUUGUCACAGGGCAGCGUUUGCAGCAGAUGAGCGAUCUUGUGGUUGAGCUGGCUGUUUUUGUCGACGAGACACUAUGGAGGCACUUCAGCAGCAAAGUUCGAUUGCUGGAAGUGCUCACAACCAUGGCAAUGCACAGAAUGUACCUCGAUCGUUUUUGCCGAUUCCAGCGUAAUUUAGGAAUUCGUGAUUGGGACCACGCUAUCAUGCUGACGGGGUAUGGUUUACUUGUUUUCGUAGCUACCGACCUUCCUAAGAUUUGA